UGAUAUUUCCGGUGUCGCAUCCAAAAUAAAUAGACAGAUCAUUUUUUUUUUUCUUGAUUUUUUUGAUUUUUUUUUCUAGUUCUAUAAAAUUUUUUGGUUUAUGAAUAAACUUUUUUCUUUUAGGAUCUAAUUUUAAACCAUAUUUAUAUUAGAUUCAUUUACUUAAUAAUGGAAGAGCAGAUAGAGCAAGCAGUAGCUUUUGCGUUAAGUCCCACAGCGGAUCAAAGCCUGAAAAGUCAGGCUAUGAAUUUUUGCGAACAAAUAAAGGCAUCUCUCGAUGGUUGGCAAUUAGGCCUAUCCUUGUUCGUAAGAUUUCCAAAAAGUACACCAGAAGCUCGUUUGUUUGCUUUGCAAGUUUUGGAAGGUGUGAUGCAAAAUAGAUUUUCAAGUCUUGACAAAUCACAAGUCAAUCAUAUUCAAUCCACAUUAAUGGAAUUUGUUAAACGAGAAUAUGUGAUCGGGGAGGGCGAUGGAGAUGAACUUAGCACCGAGCCACAAUACCUAAAAAACAAAUUCGCUCACACCUUAACUCUCCUGUUCGUUCAAAUGUAUCCGUCGGAUUGGCACAAUUUUUUCGACCAAUUCCUGGAACUAAUUCAGACAAAUACGGUGAAUGGAAAUAAGACUAAUAUUCGUGUAGCAGAUAUAUUUUUGAGAAUCUUAAUUUCAAUUGAUGAUGAAGUUGCGAAUAUAGAAAUUCAGAGAGGAAAAGAGCAAGCGAAUAGGAACACAGCAAUUAAAGACAAUAUGAGAGCAGGUGACGUACAAAAGCUAGCAUCUACUUGGUAUGAACUGCUGAGCGAAUACCGUGUUCGAAAUCAAGAUAUUGCUAUUACGUGUUUGAACAUCAUUGGUCUUUAUAUUGCUUGGAUCGAUAUUAAUUUAAUUGUAAAUGACGCAUUUAUCGUGCUCUUAUAUGAAUUAUUAAAUGACACAAGGCUUCGAAUUGCCGCUUGUGAGUGUUUGACAGAGAUUGUAUGCAAAGGAAUGAAACCCGCAGAAAAACUCAAAUUAAUUGAGAUCUUAAAUUUGACUAAUGUUAUGGGAAAUUUAGACUUAACGGAUGAUAUCGAAUUUGUGGAACAUGUGGCAAAGUUAACUAAUGUGUUAGGUGUAGAAUUAUGUAAAAUUUGGGAGGCGGACACUGCAACAAAAGCUGCAGCUUAUGGUCAAAUAGAGCUUUUACUCCCAUUUUUACUGAAAUUUUUGGCAAACGAGUAUGAUGACGUUUCUUGUGCUGUAUUUUCAUUUGUAUCAGCUUUACAGGCGAUUUUUAAGAAACAAAAGAAGCAGGCCGGCUCUUUAGCAGGAUCACAACGUGAAUUCAUAGAUUCAUUACUUAAGGUCAUUGUCAUCAAAAUGAAAUACGACGAUGAAACAGAUUGGGGCGGAACAGAGGAAGAUGAAGUGGAAGAAGCCGAAUUUUUAGAGAUGCGAAAAAAUCUAAAGACGUUUUUUGACGCAAUUUAUAAUAUCGAUGAACAAUUAUUUACUUCCUAUGUUCAUACGGCUGUGAUUAAUACUCUGGACAAAUAUCAAAGGGUUGGAAAUUCAAUUGACUGGAGAGAACUUGAAUUAGCUUUACACGUAUUGCUGUUGUAUGGCGAGGCAUUUAAAGGACAGUUGAUAUUUGUACUAAAACAUAACAAUGAGAUCAUUGCGUUUACUCCUUUAGGGGAGAUGGUUUCGAAAAUGAUUCAAUGCAACAUUUCAACAUAUCCACAUCCAUCAAUGCCUUUGAUAUUUUUUGAAAACGUUGCACGUUAUUACCAAUUCUUUGAAGUACAACCAGAUUGUAUUCCCACAGUACUUGGAGCUUUUGUAGAUUUGCGUGGGCUACAUAACGCUAUUUUACAAAUUCGUACUCGAUCAUGGUAUCUGUUCCAUCGAUUUGUGAAAUUGCUCAAAUCAAGAAUGGGACCUUAUGUAGAAACCGUAUUAACUAAUAUUCAGGAUUUAUUAGUUGUGCAAGCAAAUCUUUCUUCAAUUGAUGUGUCAGAUGGAACUAUAACAAAAGAUCAAGCAAUGGAAGGAGGAUUUGAUGACCAAAUAUAUCUUUUCGAAACUGUUGGUAUAUUGAUCACAGUCGACACUAUUCCUACUGAACGCCAAACUGAAUUUGCAAAAAUUGUUAUCAAUCCUCUGCUGGCGGAUAUUGAAAGAAAUCUGAGUAAAGUAAUGUCAGAACCCGAAGACCUUCUUCAUGUGCUCCAGCUGCAUCACUUAAUUAUAGCAAUUGGUAGCAUCGGAAAAGGUUUUCCUGAUGCCCUAAAAACGGAGGUACCAACUGCCGAGUGGGUUGUAUUAUUAAAGCAAUCUGUUGAAGUUAUAUUAGUCGCGUUUAAAGCUUUAAGUCGAUUCGAAAUUGUUCGAGAGUCUGCGAGGUUUGCAUUUGCGAGAUUUGUAAAUGUACUUGGUGUUGAGAUUUUGCCUUAUCUUCCAGAAUUAAUUACUGGAUUACUUAAUGAGAGCCAAGUUUCAGAAUUAGUAGAUUUCUUGCCCUUUAUUGGUCUACUUUCUCAUAAAUUCAAUCCAUCAAUUUAUGAUAUUUUAAAUGAAUUAAUUUGCCCUUUAGUUACCAAAAUUUUUUAUGUUUUAAAUCAAACACCGUCUGGAACAGAUGAAGCAAUGCUAUUGUUGAAUCUUCGAAAAGCGUAUCUUGGUUUUAUAUUAAGCCUUUUGAACGUUGGAAUGGAUGCAGUCUUUAUUAGUGAUUUAAACCAACCGCGUUUAGAAAGUAUACUUCAAAGUGUUGUUCAUUAUGCAAGUGAUCCUGCUGACGUGCCAUCAGCAAGGACAGCUUUUAAUAUUCUUUCAAAAACGUUGGUAUUGUGGGGUGGCCCUAUACAAUCUUCAACAAAUAACACAUCCACUAAUUCUGGUCGACCUCUUCCCGGUUUUGAACAAUUUAUGUAUGAUCAUAUAUUGCGUAUUUGUUUUGAAGUUCCAAUGAAGCCUGAAUUUUGCAUAACUGAUGGACAAUCAAAUUUGAUACUAAAUGAAAUAUCAAGUAUACUUAAAACUAUGUAUUCACUACGAGGACAUGAGUUACUUGACUAUCUUAGAAGAGUUUGGUUGCCAUUAGAUUCUGCUGAUGAAUUUUUACAAGCUUUACAACAAUUAGAACUAAAAGAAUUCAGAAAAUAUUUUCAGACAUAUGUUCAAAGAUCCAAAUCAUGAGACGUGUAUAAUUUAUUAGAAAGUUAAUUAAUUAAAAAAAAAUGUAGUUGCUAAGCUAUGUAAAACACUGGUUAAUUUGAAAGCAUUUAGUUUUUAGUUUUUACUGGAUUUCAUUUAGCCUUGAUAUUAAA